AUGUCGAAUCUACCGUAUGCUGCGGAUGCCGAUUCGCCAUUGAAGCCUGAGGAGCUGGCGAUUCUGCAAUCACAGUUCCGAAGUGAGGGCAUCAUGGUGUCAGUUCAGUGUAAAUUCAACUAUGCCUGGGGCCUGAUUAAGAGUACGAAGCGGCAGGAACAGCUCGAGGGCGUGAAGCUGUUGACGGAGAUUUUCAAGGAUGCACCUGAGCGACGACGAGAAUGCCUGUAUUACCUUGCGCUUGGGCACUUUAAGCUUGGGAAUUAUACGGAUGCGCGCAAGUACAACAAUACGCUGCUGGCGAAGGAGCCGCACAAUAUGCAGGCGCAGUCGCUUCGGCAGUUGAUUGAUGACCGUGUUGCGAAGGACGGGUAUAUUGGGGUUGCGAUUGUUGGAAGUGCGCUUGCGCUGGUCGCAGCAACAACCCAAGACCCUAGCAAUCAACGCGCUCAUCAAACAAUGUCGCAGGCAGAUAUCCAAGAUCGUAUCGCAGCUGCGCGGAAAGAGGCAGAAGGCCUUAAAGAGCGCAUCAAGCGCAAGAAAGAACAACUCGCCGAUACCGACCUCCGUACCAUGGCGCAGAGUAUCGAUGCCAUCCCCAAAGUGGGCAUGAAGGUGAAACGUACCCUCAAAGGCCAUCUCGCAAAAAUCUAUGCCAUGCACUGGGCUACCGAUCGGCGACACCUCUUGUCCGCUUCGCAGGACGGUAAACUCAUCAUUUGGGAUGCGUAUACAACCAACAAGAUCCACGCAAUCCCCCUUCGCAGCUCAUGGGUCAUGACCUGUGCGUAUGCACCCUCUGGCAAUCUUGUCGCUUGCGGUGGACUCGACAAUAUCUGCAGCAUCUACAACUUGACCUCACGCGAGGGACCCAGUCGUGUGGGUCGUGAACUUUCGGGUCAUGCAGGAUACCUCUCCUGCUGUCGUUUCAUCAACGAUCGUCGCAUUUUGACAUCGUCUGGUGAUAUGACCUGUUUGCUAUGGGAUACAGAAUCUGGUGCGAAAAUCUCUGAAUUCACAGAUCACCUGGGAGAUGUCAUGUCCUUGUCCCUCAACCCAGCAAACCAAAACAUCUUUGUGUCUGGUGCGUGUGAUUCUUUUGCAAAAGUCUGGGAUAUUCGAACGGGUAAAGCGGUACAGACCUUUGCCGGUCAUGAGUCUGACAUCAACGCCAUUCAAUUCUUUCCAAAUGGUGAAGCAUUUGGAACAGGCAGUGAUGAUGCAACGGCCAGGUUGUUUGAUUUACGAGCAGAUCGUGAACUCAACCAAUACACGAGUGAAUCCAUCUUGUGUGGUAUAACGAGUGUUGCGUUUUCCGCAAGUGGCAGGUUGUUGUUUGCCGGGUAUGAUGAUUUCAACUGUAACGUUUGGGAUGUCCUCAAGGGCGAACGCGUAGGUGUCUUGCAAGGGCAUGAUAACCGUGUUUCCUGCCUCGGCGUCUCGAAUGAUGGAUUGUCGCUGUGUACGGGAUCUUGGGAUGCAUUGCUCAAGGUGUGGGUUUGA